AAUUGGAUUGCUGGAAUUGGUGCAACAAUUAAGGCAUACUGAGUUCGCCAACAGUCAGUUUGUUAACCUGAGAAAUAAGAUGAACCCAAACCCUUUCCUUACAGUGUACUAAAUGGAUUGCGGAUAUGGAUUGCGGAUGAAAUCACUCUUGGCCAUUCACCCCUGGAUCCUUAUCUGUCUGUAAACAAAGAUUAUUUGAAGCAAAAACUCUUCCCUACCUCCAAGAUGCACCUGAAUAGGUGAGGGGGGGCUUUUUCCCACACAAGGAUAAACAUCACCCGGGGCUUUUUCAAAAGAGCGCGUCUUUCUCUCCGGGUGUGUUCACUCCUUUUUGGCAGAUCUCCCUCCGAUGCAAUUAACCCAGGAAGAAGACUUUGUCACGGGGGACUCAACGCCGACCACCGCCGCUCUCCAGUCCGACGGCAGCGCCGGAUCUCCGGCCAAAAUGUGCAGUGAAUGUUACGUGAACCAGACAUUCGUGAACGAUGAUGGGACCGUGAACGCAAACCACAAACCACGCUCCUCUCGGGCUCCGCUCCAGACCAACGUCAACAGCAGCAGCAGCAGCAGUACUGGGGUCGUCUUAGACAUCUCCACCCUGAAGAUGGAGCAGCAGGAGAGUGAGGUGCCUCCGCUGCCGCCCCGCUUCCGUUUCAGGGACCUGCUGCUCGGGGACCAGAACUUCCAGAAUGAUGACAGGGUGCAGGUAGAGUUUUACGUGAACGAAAACACGUUUAAGGAGCGUCUGAAGCUUUUCUUCAUCAAAAACCAAAGAUCAAGUCUUAGGAUCCGUGUGUUCAACUUCUCCCUGAAGCUGCUCACCUGUCUGCUGUAUAUCAUCAGGGUGGUUACAGACACCCCAACUCACAUCGCAGGGCCACAGAGCGCUCCCAGCGGCAAAUGUUUUGACAGCACAUGGAACGGAUCAGUACAGGACAGAGAGAUUAACUGGGGUUUGAUCUUCUGGGUGGAGAGAAAGCUUCCUGUCUGGGCCAUUCAAGUGAUUGUCGCCAUCAUUAGCUUCCUGGAGACGAUGUUACUGAUGUACCUAAGCUACAAGGGGAACAUUUGGGAGCAGAUUUUCCAGGUGUCUUUUCUUCUGGAGAUGAUCAACACUGUUCCCUUCAUCAUCACGAUUUUUUGGCCCUCAAUAAGGAAUAUCUUUAUCCCCGUGUUUCUCAACUGCUGGCUUGCCAAGUGUGCUCUGGAGAACAUGAUCAAUGACGUCCACAGAGCGAUCCAGAGGACAAACUCGGCCAUGUUCAACCAGGUCCUCAUUCUCAUCUGCACCCUGCUCUGCCUGGUCUUCACAGGCACAUGUGGAAUCCAGCACCUGGAGCGAGCAGGUAAACACCUCUCUCUCUUCAACUCAUUCUACUUCUGCAUCGUCACCUUCUCCACCGUGGGCUUCGGGGACGUCACCCCCCGCAUAUGGCCGUCCCAGCUCCUUGUGGUCAUCAUGAUCUGUGUGGCUCUGGUGGUGCUGCCUCUGCAGUUCGAGGAGCUGAUCUACCUGUGGAUGGAGAGACAGAAGUCUGGAGGGAAUUACAGCCGCCACAGAGCGCAGACAGAAAAACAUGUAGUGCUGUGUGUCAGCGCGCUAAAAAUAGACCUGCUUAUGGAUUUUCUAAAUGAAUUCUAUGCCCAUCCCAGACUGCAGGAUUACUAUGUGGUGAUACUGUGCCCGACUGAGAUGGACCUCCAGGUGCGGAGAGUGCUGCAGAUCCCGCUGUGGUCUCAAAGGGUCAUCUAUCUUCAAGGAUCAGUCCUCAAAGACCAGGACCUGCUGAGAGCAAAAAUGGACGACGCAGAGGCUUGUUUCAUCCUCAGCAGUCGUAAUGAAGUGGAUCGCAUGGCCGCGGACCAUCAAACCAUCCUGAGAGCCUGGGCGGUGAAGGAUUUUGCUCCAAAUUGCCCGCUUUAUGUCCAGAUACUCAAACCUGAAAACAAGUUCCACGUUAAAUUUGCUGAUCAUGUCGUGUGUGAGGAGGAGUUCAAAUACGCCAUGCUGGCUCUCAACUGUGUGUGUCCUGCCACCUCCACCCUCGUCACUCUGCUUGUACACACCUCCCGCGGACGAGAAGGACAACAGUCCCCUGAACAGUGGCAGAGGCAGUACGGAUGUUGCUCCGGCAACGAGGUCUACCACAUCCGAGUGUGUGACAGCAAGUUCUUUGGAGAGUAUAAUGGCAAAAGCUUCACAUACGCCUCCUUUCAUGCUCAUAAGAAGUACGGGGUGUGUCUGAUCGGUAUAAAGAGGGAGGAGAACAAGAGCAUUUUGCUGAACCCCGGCCCGCGCCACAUCAUGGCUGCCACUGACACCUGCUACUACAUCAACAUUACUAAAGAGGAGAACUCAGCCUUCAUCUUCAACCAGGGAGAAGAGAAGGGCCGCACUCUAGCGGGGCUCUUUGAGGGACCCUCACAGCUUCCUGUGCACAGCAUCCUCGCUAGCAUGGGCACUGUGGCUAUCGAUCUCCAGAAUACGAGCCCUCCUGAUGUAUCAGUUGGUAAACUGGUCCCCCCAACGGUGAACGGAACAGGGGGCCGCCGGCCAAGCAUUGCUCCAGUUCAGGAGAUAGCUGAUUCCUCUUCAAUUCUGCCGUGUGACCUCCUCAGUGACCAAUCAGAGGAUGACUCAGUGUUCACAGAUGAGAAAGGACACUCAUCCACAGAGUACGUGAAAGGUUAUCCCCCUAACUCUCCGUACAUUGGAAGCUCGCCCACCCUGUGCCAUCUGUUGGCUGAAAAAGCCCCGUUUUGCUGCCUACGACUGGACCAGGGAUGCAGGCACAACAGUUUUGAGGACGCUAAGGCGUACGGUUUUAAAAACAAGCUCAUCAUCGUGUCGGCUGAGACUGCUGGGAAUGGUCUCUAUAACUUUCUUGUGCCUCUCAGAGCUUAUUACAGACCUCGGAAAGAACUCAACCCCAUUGUUUUACUGCUGGAUAACCCGCCUGAUAAUCACUUUUUAGAGGCCAUCUGCUCUUUCCCUAUGGUCUACUACAUGGCUGGUGCCAUAGACAAUCUGGACAGCCUGCUGCAGUGUGGCAUUAUCUACGCUGAUAAUUUGGUUGUUGUGGAUAAAGAGAGCACAAUGAGUGCCGAGGAGGACUACAUGGCUGAUGCCAAAACUAUUGUGAAUGUACAGACAAUGUUCAGGUUGUUUCCUAGUCUCAGUAUCAUCACAGAGCUUACUCAUCCAUCCAACAUGCGGUUCAUGCAGUUCAGAGCAAAGGACUGCUAUUCACUGGCCCUCUCCAAGCUGGAGAAGAAGGAGCGGGAUAAAGGCUCCAACUUGGCUUUCAUGUUUCGCCUACCAUUCGCAGCAGGCAGAGUGUUCAGCAUUAGCAUGCUGGACACCCUGCUGUAUCAGUCUUUCGUGAAGGACUACAUGAUCCUUAUUGCAAGACUGCUGCUGGGGCUGGACACAACUCCAGGAUCAGGAUACCUCUGUGCUAUGAAAGUAACCGAGGAGGAUCUGUGGAUCAGUACUUACGGCAGGCUUUUCCAGAAACUCUGCUCCUCUAGUGCUGAAAUUCCCAUCGGGAUCUAUCGGACAGAAUCCCACAUUUUCUCAACUUCUGAGUCACAGGUUUCGGUCAGCGUUGACGACUGCGAGGACACCAAGGAAAGUCGAGAUGACUCUCGCAGCAAUGACCCAACAGAUCACCCCCUGCUGAGGAAGAAGAGCAUGCAGUGGGCUCGGCGCCUGAGUAAGAAAAGCGUGAGGUGGCAGGGAGUGAGCCGGGACUCCGGCAGGGACCACGCCCAGCGCAUCGCUCAGCAGCGCCUCAACCUGUACCGCCGCUCUGAGAGGGAGGAGCUGUCUGAGCUGGUCCGAAACCGCAUGAGACAUCUCGGACUGCCCACCUCCGGAUACGGUGAAGACGGACUGAAGGACCUCACUAAUCUGACAGCCUGUGACGUCAUGAACAGAGUCAAUCUGGGAUACCUCCAGGAUGAGCAGAAUGAGCACCAAAACACGCUGUCCUACGUCCUGAUCAACCCUGCCCCUGACACCAGACUGGAGCUCAAUGACAUCGUAUACUUGAUUCGUCCAGACCCUCUGGCUCACGUCCCAGAGGUCCCUCCGGUCCACAGCAGCAGCCUGAAAGAAAGACACGAGUCCAGCGUAGACAUCAGAGAGGACACUGAGCUCUGAUACCAUCCUGACCUUCUCUGGUACUCUUCAUAAUCACCCCUCUUCUACCGUCAGGGGCGUCUGCUUGUGUCCUGCAGGUCCAGUCUGAAAGAGGAUGAUUUUCACUACAAUGUUCCAGCACUGCAGUCCACAGCUGUAUUUAUAUGAGUGCCUACUGCUUGGCAGAUGACAUUUGAUGUCAUCUGUGACAUUUUGAUCCUCUGCCACAGACUGUAUUUUGAAAAGUUUAUUAAUGUCUAUGAAAGCUUUCUUAGACAAAGUUGUGAACAAACUUUAGAUAAAAAUCAUGCGCAUCACACUUUGUUAAGAGUUAGUCUGGAAUACAGUUAUAUUUGAUAGUAUAGUAUAUUUGUCCUGCUCCUUUGAGUGGUGGAUCCCUCAGGAAAAGUCAAAGUUGAAUAUUAGGAUUACAUGUUAAAGUUUGCACAGUUUCAGGGCCCGGGAUUUAUACAUCUCUUGAUUUUCAACAGGAAAAUAUAAAAACUCAAAGCUCUAAUUACCCCGGGCCAUACACUCACCUUUUUGAAUAACCAACACUAUGUGACUUACAUAAAAGAUGUGCAUUAAGGCUUCAGUCUAAAGGUUUAAUUCAUUUUUUGUAGCUGAACUCUAGAAGUAGUUAACCAAUAGUGCAGAGGUAGAACUAGUGAGUGAUGGUAACUUGUAUGUUUGCUGCAUUACAUUUCUUUGUUUAGAUUAGGUUUUUACGCACUAGCCUAGUUCAGCCCUUUAAACAGGCCUUGCCAUGUAUUCUAACUUGUGCCAUAAAGGAUUUAUUUGAUUUUACUAUAUUAGUAGUCAGAAGACCUCAGUUUACUUUCAGCAGCAGCUCGGUGAAAGAAAAUUGCUUGUUGAUUAACAAAUGUGGCAGUUUGAUGAAGGUAGAUAUUUAUAGAAAACUGCACCUUACACAGAGUUACUUUGACUUUGUCUCUUUAACUUCUCACAUAUUUAAAUGUUGAAAAUAUUUGUACUUGGAUUCAAUUUCGUCAUAAUUCGCACAUUAAAGUGCUGUGUUAUGAAAAAAAAAAGCAUGAAGCAACUUCAUUGAGUUGUCAAAUAAUUUCACUGAGGGGGUGUUUCAUGAUUGUAAGCCGAAGAAUGACAACUGAAGAAGACCAUUAGCUCAAUAUUUGUUAUAUUAUAUAGAAGAAGAAGAAUCUGUAAGCUAACUUUGAAGCUAAAGCCAGGAGGAUGUUAGCAUAGCCUGCAUGGGCUGAAAGCAGAGGGAUUUAACAGCACCUGUAAAACUUAUAGUUUCAUGUUUUACAACUGUUACCUAUACAUUAAAAGUGGAAAAUCAACAAAUACUUUUUUGGGAGGUUGUGUGCCGGAGUUUUAGCUAUGUAUCUUAGCUUUAUAGUUAGUUUAAGCUAACUUUUAAGCUGUUUAGCUCUUAGCUCUGCGUGCGAGUUUGCUGUUUGAGUUCAUUCACACCACUCUUCUGUUGUUCUCAGCUGAAAUAGAAACCUAUUUGGGAGGGAAAAGCUUCAAAAAAAUCUACUGAACACUAUUUUCCAAGCACCUACAGUGAGCAGGUACAUUUAUCAACUAGCAUUUGGAGCAUUUAACAGCUUUAGAGACUUAUUUUCCUCAAAAGUAGGAAGAAACAUAAAAAAACUAAGAGAAAGGGAAUAUUUCUGACUUAUAUUCAUUCAGUAGCCGUAAACACAACUCAAUAUGAAUAAUAUCACUAUAUAAGCUAAUGUUUGCUGAUAUUUUUCACAUUAAAAAGAGCUGACGGUCAGUCACAUGGACUGUCUAUGGCAGCCCUAUUCAAUUAGUGGCCCGCGGGCCACAUGCGGCCCGAAAGCAACCCUCGAGUGGCCCGAAAGUAACUGUAAUGUAAAAUUUAAAG